AUGGCCUCCUGGCUGCGCGGCAAGGCCGGUGGCGGCGCCGAUCCGUGGCUCGCGGAGUCGGCCGACUUCGCACGGACGUUCAUCUCCGGUGUAUCAGCCGGCGCCAACCUGGCACACCACGUCACCGUCCAGCUCGCGCCCGCGCAGCUCGCGGUCAGCCCAGUACGCGUCGUCGGGUACGUCCUCCUCUCCGCGUUCUUUGGCAGCGCCGAGCGCACGGCGGCGGAGGUUGACCCGCCGCCGGAUGUGUCCCUGACGGUCGACAUGUCCGACCAGCUCUGGUACAUGUCGCUGCCGGUCGGGGCGACCAGGGACCACCCGGUGGCCAACCCGUUCGGCCCGGACAGCCCCAGCCUCGCGGUGGUGGACCUCCCGCCGGCGCUUGUGGUUGUGCCGGGGAGCGACGUGCUUCGCGACCACGUGCGCGGGUACGCGGCGAGGCUCACGGAGAUGGGGAAGACCGUGGAGGUCGUCGAGUUCGCGGGAGAGCAGCACGGUUUCUAUGUGCUCCAGCCGUUCGGCGAGGCGGCCGACGAGUUGAUGCGAGUACUCAGGCGGUUUGUGUACGCAGGUCACAGCGCCUGAGCUGUGAUGUGCUGUGCUUUCUGACGCUUUGUGUUAGCUGCUUGUUUCAGUUUUACAUUGA